CAAUAAAAUACGGAGCACAGCUGGCUUUUAUGCAGUUCAUUUUUAGCGAAACGUACUUAAAAUAUACAGCAAUUGUACAUCAAUCAAAGAUUAAAACAAUACUUUAUAUUAUAUGUUUGUAAUAAAGUAUCAGUUUAACAAAUUAUUAAAAUCUAUAUAAUUAUGAGUAAAUGUGAAUAAUCCUUUUUUCUUAUUAUUUUAUCAAUACCCCAGUAGACUUGAAUCGAUAAUCAUGGCUAACGACAGAGAAGUUUUAAGAGAAAUAUGGGACGGGAAAUUACCAAUAUGCUUUCAAUUGCAUCAAGACGAUUUAAUGGACAUUCAGCAGCCUGACCCAUUUUACGUCAUGGUGCCACGAUUAAGCUAUUUUCCUCUGGUUACUGAUAAGAUGAAAAGGCAUUUUCUUCGUUACAUUUCUCAAGAAAGUGCUGACAAUGAAAUGUGGCUUGAUUACAAUGGUCAGCCAUUAAAGUGGCACUAUCCAAUCGGUUUUCUUUAUGAUCUCUAUUGUGGAAAUGACUCUCAACUGCCAUGGACUUUAACAGUACAUUUUACAAAAUUUCCUGAAAACAUUCUACUUCACUGCCCUAACAAAGAAAUUGUUGAAGCUCACUACAUGUCUACCGUAAAAGAGGCUGAUGUACUUAAACAUAGAGGGCAAGUGAUGUCAACAAUGCAGAAGAAAGACCAUAACCAAUUAUGGUUAGGAUUGCAAAAUGACAAGUUUGACCAGUUCUGGGCCAUAAACAGGAGAUUAAUGGAAUCUCAUGGGGACAAUGAAGGAUUUAAAUAUAUUCCAAUUAGAAUAUAUUCUGAUGAGGGCAUCUGCUGUCAAAGAUUAAUAAGCCCUAAGAAUAAUGAUGGCAGCAGAAAGGUCAUCCAACAGCUCUUAUCAGAAUUAUAUCCAGAUAAACCUGAUGUUAAACUACGUACACAUGGAAUUCUCAUCCCAUCAGACACACCACUUCAAUGGCUUUCAGAACAUAUGAGUUACCCUGAUAAUUUUCUACAUAUUUGCUUAUGCUAAAAUUAUAUCAGAGAAAAAAUUAACUUAACCAAAUGCAAUAAUAUAUAAUAAAUACUUAGGGCCCGUAUCACUGGUUGUUAAUAAGUCUCCCGAAAAUAACAGUAUCCAGCAAAUAAAUGCUCAUGGCAUUAUUAUUUUUUUAACAUCAACUUGUCAACUUUUUUAUCAGAUAUUUCUAUUCACAACUUAUGAAUCUAAAGGUAUAUAAUUUAUUAGUUAAAGUGAAACAGGCUCAAAGUGCCUGUUUUUCUCCUGCUGAUAAAAUUUCUACUAGUAUCUUAUACAAGAUAAACUUUAUAAACAACCAGUUAUAUACGCCCUUAAUAUAUUACAACCUUUAUGAUAAGCCAUUAAUAAAAUCGCUACAUUCCUAUAUUA